AUGAAACCGAUAAUAUUCGUCACUGGCAACCACAACAAGGUCGCCGAGGUCAAGGCCAUUCUUGGUGAUGCUAUCCCAGUGCAGAACCUAGCACUGGAUAUCCCGGAGAUCCAAGGGACGCUGGAGGAGAUUGCAAGAGACAAAUGCCAACGGGCUGCUCAGAUUAUCAAUGGACCAGUAGUGAUUGAAGAUUCCGCCUUGGAGUUUAAUGCCAUGAAAGGACUGCCAGGUCCAUAUAUCAAAUAUUUCCUCGAAUCACUGGGCAACGAUGGUUUGAAUAAACUGCUGGAUCCGUAUGAAGAUAGAAGUGCAGAAGCAGUGUGUACAUUUGCCUUUUCUGCAGGACCGGGAAAAGAGCCAUUGCUGUUUCAAGGCCGGUUAAAGGGCAAGAUUGUUCCGUCGCGUGGUCCGCCUAUAUUUGGAUGGGAGCCAAUCUUUGAGCAUCAAGGGGAAACACUGGCUGAGAUGGAGCACGAUAAGAAGAACAAAUUGUCCCAUCGAUACCAGGCUCUGUUCGAAUUCCAGCAAUGGCUGAGCCAGGAGGAACCGGUUCGCCUACUUGAAUAA